AAUUUAGUUUAUGACCGUUUAUAAAUGCUUAUAGUUUGGAUUCUACUAUGGAAACAACGAUGGGUGUAAAAAUUGGCGCUCAACAGAACCCUGAUAAUGCAUUUUUGAACGCUGUCAAUGAAGGCCAAAAUUAUAUAGCUCAGAGAAUAUUCCACUUCUGGCUUCAUCCAAACUGGUUGUAUAGAUUUCAUCCUAAUCAUGAACGUAUUAAAAAGUACAUUAAAAUAAUGAAUGACUUCGCCGAUGAGGUGAUUCAAAAUAAAAGGAAACAAAUAUCGGAUAACAGUGAAGUCCUAGAAGUAAAGAGCAUUCUGGAUCAUCUGAUUUCAAUGAAUGAAAUAGAUGGUAUGGAUGAUUUAGAACUACGUGAAGAAGCUUUAAUGAUGAUAAUAGCUGCGACUGAUACGUCAGCGGUUUCCAUUGGUUUCACUAUGAAGCUUUUAGCGAAAUACCAUCAUGUGCAGGAAAAAGUUUAUGAUGAGUUGCAGACAGUAUUAGGUGAUACGAAGCGUUCAAUACAGAGAGAAGAUUUGUCACAACUGGUCUAUCUUCAUAGAGUUAUACAAGAAAGUUUGCGACUCUACCCCUCUGUGCCAUUUAUUGUUCGUAAAAUUGAAAAAGACACUGUAUUACAAGAUGGGUCCAUACUUCCCGCUGGUUCAGGCUGUAUAGCAUCAAUCUGGGGAACACAUAGAAAUCCAAAGUAUUGGGGUCAGGAUGCAGAAUGUUUUGAUCCGGAUAGAUUCCUGCCGCAUAGAAAUAAAUUACCACAUCCAAGUUGCUACUUGCCUUUUAGUUCUGGACCACGUAAUUGCAUAGGAUACCAAUACGCCAUGAUGUCUAUGAAAACGUCACUAGCGACGAUACUCCGCCAUUAUAAGAUUGUAGGCGAACCAGAGAGAGGCCCUAAACCAAAUAUUAGAGUAAAAUUGGAUAUAAUGAUGAAGGCGGUUGAUGGGUACAAAGUCGCCCUAGAAAGAAGAUAAAGCGAGGAAUUAAUGUAGAACAUUUAAGAAAUAAAAUCAAUCAUAAAAUAGACUAUGCAUCAAUAGAUACCAACCACAGAUACCAACGAAUUUAGAAUUUGUUAUAGUAAC